CAUCACGUCAGCGGCGUGGUUGACCGUCACAGUUCAGCAACAUGGCGGCGCACAGGCUCUCUCCAUCACUGAACAGGCUGCUGUUUGCCGUAAAGUAUGGCUCAUUCCAGUCCAGAUGCUGUGCAGCACACAGCAACGCUCAGUAUUCCACUGUGUACAAUCCCAGUGAAGAGACCUUUGAUAAGAUCCUCAUCGCCAACAGAGGAGAGAUUGCUUGCAGGGUGAUCAAGACAUGUCAGAAGAUGGGCAUCCGGACUGUAGCUGUUCACAGUGAUGUAGACUCCAGUGCUGUUCAUGUAAAGAUGGCUGAUGAGGCAGUGUGUGUUGGCCCCGCCCCCACCAGUAAGAGUUACUUGAACAUGGACGCCAUCAUGGAUGCCAUCAGAGUGACUGGAGCACAAGCUGUUCAUCCCGGUUAUGGGUUUCUCUCUGAAAACAAAGAGUUUGCAAAGCGACUGGCAGCAGAGGGCUUGACUUUCAUUGGCCCCGACACCGACGCUAUCCAGGCAAUGGGAGAUAAAAUUGAGAGCAAGCUGAUCGCUAAGGCUGCUAAGGUCAACACUAUCCCAGGAUUUGAUGGAGUCGUCAAGAGUGCGGAGGAGGCUGUAAAGAUCGCACAGGACAUUGGCUACCCAGUGAUGAUCAAAGCAUCUGCAGGAGGAGGAGGGAAAGGAAUGAGGAUUGCUUGGAAUGAUGAGGAGACAAGGGACGGUUUCCGGUUCUCAUCCCAGGAGGCAGCAUCCAGCUUUGGAGAUGACAGGCUGCUUAUUGAGAAAUACAUAGACAACCCCAGACACAUAGAGAUACAGGUGCUGGCUGAUAAACAUGGUAAUGCUCUGUGGCUGAAUGAGAGGGAGUGCUCUAUCCAGAGGAGGAACCAGAAGGUGGUGGAAGAAGCUCCCAGUACGUUCCUGGACCCAGUGACACGGCGGGCGAUGGGUGAGCAGGCAGUGCAGCUGGCCAGGGCUGUACAGUACUCUUCUGCCGGCACCGUGGAGUUCCUGGUGGAUUCUAAGAAGAACUUCUACUUCCUGGAGAUGAACACAAGACUACAGGUGGAACAUCCAAUCACGGAGUGUAUUACCGGCCUGGACCUGGUGGAGCAGAUGAUCAGGGUUGCCAAGGGUUACAAACUGCAGCACAAACAGGAAGAUAUCCCAAUAAACGGCUGGGCCAUUGAGAGCCGCGUCUACGCUGAGGAUCCUUACAAGUCUUUUGGCCUUCCUUCCAUUGGUCGGCUGUCUCAAUACCAAGAGCCAAUCAACCUCAGCAAUGUCCGUGUAGACAGCGGCAUCCAGGAGGGAAGUGACAUCAGCAUCUACUACGAUCCCAUGAUCUCUAAGUUGGUUACCUAUGGAACGACACGGGCUGAAGCCCUUGCCAGGAUGGAGGACGCUCUGGACAACUACGUUAUCAGAGGUGUGACCCACAACAUUCCCCUCCUGCGGGAAAUCAUCACCCACCCUCGCUUUAUAUCUGGUGACAUCAGCACCAACUUCCUGCCCGAGGUUUACCCCGACGGCUUCAAAGGACACCAGCUGAAUGAGGACCACCGCAGGGAGCUGCUGGCCGCGGCAGCAGCGCUCUACAUCACUGCUCAGCUCCGUUCACAGGCAUUCCUGGACGUCCUGAGGGUGUCCUCUGCCCCUGUGGAAUGUAGCCACUGGGAGCUGUGUGUGGAGCUGGCAGACGGAUGGCAUUCUGUGGAGGUUACCAAAUCAGGAAAUGUUUAUACUGUGGAGGUAGAUGGAGGAAAGGUGGAAGUCAGUGGACAGUGGAACCUGGCGUCCCCGCUGCUGCCACUCACUAUCAACGGCACACACAGGAUGCUGCAGUGUCUGUCCAGAGAUGCUUCAGGAAAGAUUGUCCUGCAGUACCUGGGCACAUCGUUUAAGGUUCGCGUUCUGACCAAGCUGGCUGCAGAGUUGAACUCCUAUAUGCCAGAGAAGGUUCCGGAAGACACCAGCAGCAUCUUGCGGUCACCGAUGCCCGGCACAGUGGUGGCUGUGUCCGUCAAGCCUGGAGAUACGGUUGCAGAGGGUCAGGAGAUCUGUGUGAUCGAAGCCAUGAAGAUGCAGAACAGUUUGACUGCAGUCAAGCAAGCAAAGGUUAAGAGUGUCCACUGUAAGCCAGGGGAGACGGUGGGAGAGGGAGACCUGCUGGUGGAGCUUGAAUAAAACACUACCUUUUGACCUUUUUGAUGUGUGACGUCAGCACCGGGAUGUUUUUAUGAAGACCCACGCCAGCAAACAGACUGGACAAUAACCGACGCUUGAUUUAUCUUGCCAGUCUCCACAGUGGCCCCCAGCAGAGUUUAGUUUCCCUCACGGUGCCUCAGAGCUGAGCUACAUUGGCUGUUACGGUGUCUUCUCCACAUGUCGAACUCCUUCAUGUUGCUUUUUUGGAUGCAACUGUGCAAUGAAUCAUUCUCCUCUGAUUCUGUUUUGUGUGUUUUCUAGACCUGAUUGUUAGUUUUUCUUAACGGGUCAGUCACCCACAUUACAAAAAAUUAUUCUCAUUUUACCUCAUGCUCUUUGGCCUUGCAGAUAGUUUUGGUUUAUGUGCCAAGGUUUUGAGAUAUUCACAUAGGAAAUGCUACUUCACUACAAUAGUAGGACAUUGACCUUUGGUUGACAAGCUGCUUUUUCAAGUUUUUCAAGUGUCGUUUUCUGUGAUUUGAGCACCAAAAAGAAAGUUCCGUUCGUCUCUGCUGUAUUGGAGUGGAGUCAGAAAUCUCAGACGGAUAGCUCAAAAUCUUGUCGGAUUAAACUAAAACAAUAUGCAUAGCUUGAUACUAAUGUAAGUAGGAAGAAUUCUGUUGUAAUUUGAUUGAACUGACACUUUAAGAGAGACCCUACAUAUAACCAAUAAAGUGCUCCUUUUUUCCACUUG